CUCUCCUGGCCGCGCUCUUAACCGGGCAUUUCCCUCACAAACGCGGGCAGGCAUGCUUCAUUCUUGCAAGAGUACAUUGGUAUCCCGUCUUGAACGUCUACAUUUGAGAUUCCCGUUCACAUCCAAUCUUGGUAUAAUCGAAGUCCCAAGCUCCCCAAUUGUAGCCCACACCCGCAGCCAUGUGGAAGCCCAAGUUAAAUUUCAUAACCCUUCACUACACAUGGAUAAUUUUUUGUAGCUUACUUUCUUUUGUCAUCCUGUAUCCGUACGGUAAUUUAACCGCCGUCGAUGCUUUCUUCUUCGGAUGUAGCGGUUCAACUGAGUCCGGCCUUAACACUGUGGAUGUCAAGGACCUGAAAACCUACCAACAGGUUUACAUCUACGUGAUCCCGAUCAUUACCAAUCUCAUGUUUGUCAACAUGAUGGUCGUUGUUGCUCGCCUGUACUGGUUUCGACAACGCCUGAGAAGCAUAGCCGCCACCGAACUAGGAAAUUCCGAUGACCUGGAAGCCAAUCCUCCAUUGGAGAACGGCGAUGAAAGAACCUCACAAGCUGAAAAAUACCCCCAGAGUCAGACGGAACCCAUCCGCACUACUGAGGCAGAUGCGGAAGAGAAGCUAAACAAAGCCACGAAUCCGAGCCCUCCAGCCCGGCCAACCACCAUCACUUUCGACGAGAGCUUCUCCCAAUCACGAUCCAAGCAAGCUGAUGAAACAUUUUUGCACGUUCCUGGCCCCAGGGACCGCGACGACGGCCAGCCUAUGAUUGAAAUAGGCAAAAAUAUGGAUAAAGAUGACGAUGUUAUCCGUCCAGUUGGACCGUCGGCGACAGGAUUGUCUCGCCGAAGGUCGCAUUUCCCCGAGGGUCCUGCCAUGCGUGCCGCCCGUUCGAUGGAGAAGGUUGCCUCGUCCGUUCUUGUCCUCGGGCAAACCAAGUCUUCGGGACGCGAGUCUCGCCGAUCUGACCUCUCAACUCAGCCACGCCCGUCAGACCUUCCCAACCUAUCCCGCCAAGUCACCGUUGGACGCAACUCCCAGUUCUUUCAUCUGACCGAGCGUGAUCGUGAGCUCCUCGGCGGUAUCGAGUACAGAAGUUUGAAGCUUCUCCUCAAGAUUAUUUUUAGUUACUGCUUCGGGCUCCAUCUCCUCGGAGUUAUCUGUCUUUUGCCUUGGAUUCUGCACGCUCCUUCCAAGUAUAUAGCAUGGUUAGCGGACAACGGUCAAAGCCAGACUUGGUGGGCUUUCUAUUCUGCUCAGACCAUGGUCAACAAUCUGGGCUUUACGCUCACCCCAGACUCAAUGAUCACGUUCAGGGACGCAACGUGGCCGAUGCUCGUCAUGACAUUCCUUGCUUUUGCUGGAAACACAUGCUACCCUAUCCUUCUCCGACUGGUCAUUUGGACCAUGUCGAAGGUGGUAAGCAAGAAGUCGCCCAUGAAACAACACCUCCAGUUUCUUCUUGACCAUCCUCGAAGAUGCUACACACUUCUCUUUCCCAGCGGGCCGACGUGGAUCUUGUUUGGCAUACUCUUCAUGCUGAACUUUGUCGACGUCCUAUUGAUCAUUGUUUUGGACCUAGACAACCCUGCAGUCAACGACCUCGCGACGGGCCCUCGUAUACUAUCGGCUCUUUUCCAAGCUGCGUCAGCCAGGCACACCGGCACCUCGACUCUGAAUCUUGCUCUGGUCAACCCUGCCGUGCAGUUUAGUUUGUUGUGUAUGAUGUACAUCGCUGUCUUUCCAAUAGCCAUAAGCAUCCGUGCCUCCAAUACAUACGAAGAGAGGGCUCUUGGCGUCUACAGUGCCGACAGUCACCUUGACGAGAAUGACGGCGCUUCAUAUGUCAUGACCCACGUACGGAACCAGCUCAGCUUCGAUCUAUGGUACAUUUUCCUCGGGACGUUCUGCAUCUGUAUUGCAGAAUCCAAAAGAAUCAUGGACCUGAACGAACCAGCCUUCUCAGUGUUUCCAGUCUUCUUCGAGGUCGUCAGCGCAUAUGGCAACGUGGGGUUGUCCUUAGGACAUCCUUCCGUUAUGACAUCGCUCUGCGGAGAGUUCACGGCAUUUGGCAAGCUCGUCAUUUGCGCCAUGAUGAUUCGUGGUCGUGACCGCGGACUGCCGUAUACACUUGACCGUGCCAUCAUGCUGCCAAACGAAGGCCAGCGUCAUUCCGAUGCGUUGCAACAGGAUGGCGACGAGAAAAUGCCUAUGGAAGAAGUCUCUCGGAACCAUUUUCCCACCAAGACCAUCGGCGGUGCAUGAGUGUUGAAAUCAGAAACACGCACGCUUGGAAUUUGCUGCGUCAACGGCCCAGUGUCUUAAUUUAGACUACUCCGCUAAGACGACAGUAUUUUGUCGCAGAGCAAUGCGAGGUUUGUGCCAACCUAGUCUAUCACGACGCCUUCCGGACCGGCCUCACUCCCUGCGACUAGUUACCUGCGCAAAGUCGCCGCAUAUACUAAAUUCAUGUUAGAUAUCUAAUUAAGCUAGAUCAAGCCACUUUCAACCUCAAUAUCUCCCACUUAGUGACCCUGCUUUGUGAUAUACUAUCUUUCACAGUAGAAAAUAGAGAUAAGCAAGUGAACCUACGAUUCUGGCUAAUAAAAUUCGCUUUGGUUGAACGGGAGC